UUCCUAUGCAUUCUGCCGCUACAUCUGUUAAGGGUGGUGCAAAUAAUAAAACCUUGUUUUUAUAUGGAGGAAUGCCUAUUAAUGAUGAAACAAUGUCUUUAGUUUAUGCAUUUGAUACUCAAAAAAAUUCAUGGAGCAUUCCAAAAGUAACUGGAGAUGUUACCAUUAGAAAAGAUAAUUUAAAGGCCAUCGUUGAUGAUAAGGGGCUAAUGUAUUUAUUCGGUGGACAUUCCAGUGCUGAUGGAAAUUAUUUUAAUGAUAUGCUCAUUUUAGAUACAGUAAAUUUAAAUUGGAAAAUAGGGAGUGCCGUUAAUGCGCCCUCUCCGAGAAGCCUUUAUGGAGCAGCUUUAUUAACAAAUCACUACAUUGUUUAUUUAGGUGGUCUUAGUAAUGAUAAAACUUUGGUAUCGUUAAAAGAGGUCUACUUAUAUGAUAUAAUCAAUGAUAGAUGGAAUACUAAAAUAACACUGGGUAAAGUUCCUUCCAAUAGAAGUUCAUUUUCUGCUGUUCUAGGAUUAUAUGGGCAGCAAAUAAUAAUUUUUGGAGGUUACGUUGGAUCUCAUGAAUCACUUUAUGUAUUAGACCUAUUAAAUUUUGAAUGGUAUAUUCCAAACAUUUCUGGGACAAUUCCAAGUUCCAGACAUUGGCAUAAAGCAAAUGUUAUUGGAAAAUAUAUGUUUAUAUCAUUUGGAGCUGGAUAUGAUCCAACGAUUGACAAUGAUAUCUUGUUACUUGAUAUAAGUAAUGAUCAAGAAUAUGUGUGGACGAAUAUAUUUGAUCCACCAACUGAUUCGAAAUCUUUGUCAGUCAUCUUACCAAUAUCAACUAUAAUUGCUAUUGUUAUAGGAUCAUUGGUCGGUGGUAUUUUAAUAUCAUUAGGAAGUUUAUUUUUAUAUAGAUGGAAUAAAAAUAAGAAGGAACUUACAAAAUCAAUACCAAAACCUGAAAGUGAAGAUGAUAUUUAUGAUCAAGAAGCUAUAGAAAUUUCUACGCAAAAUAUGCACAAUCAUGGAAGAGAAUAA